UAUCAUGGCUGCUUCUACAGACUCCUCCUGUUUCCUUUUCUAACAUCCUGGAGCUCAGGGCAGAUCCAGGGGUGCUGGAGUCCCUCCUCCUUCUGUCCCCUGCCUUUGUGAAGGGACAGCUCUAAUGGCAGCCACGUGCUCUGAUGAGUCAUGAUUAAGAGCAUCUGGGGCCUGGACGUGGUAGCUGGUUAACUCUUCAUGGGCCAGUGGCUCUUCUGCCAGGAGACCAGGUCGGCUUCAACCCUGGUCCUAGACAUAUACCUUAGGGCUGGGCACACAGUAGGCAUCUGAGGAGUGUUAUGGGUGACCCCACAUAGGCCCUGGGGAUUCAGGGGAGAGGGGACCCAGAAGGCAAGGGUGUGCACUUUGGAGUCAGGAGGGUUGAGUUCCAAUCACGACUUGCCGUUUUUUUAGGUGAGUGGCCUUGGGCAAGUCACGUGAACUCUGUACCUUAGUUUCCCCAUCUGUAAAAUGGCAGCUAUGGGGACUAUUUGAGGAGGCGAGUGUGAACUGCUGGCUAGCAGCGAGUGCUAAACCGCGUUAUUUUCUGCCUUCUGGUCUCCUGCAAACACAGUCAAGCUGUGGACAGGUGGGUGGGAUUAAAAUCCAAGCCUGACUCUGGAGGCCAUGUCUUUCUUUGCAUGAAUGCCUCCGACCCGAUGCAGUAGGAUGAUGAAGGGCUUGGGUCGGGGGCGGUGAGAGUGGCAGGGAGGUGGACCUCAGGCCUAGGAGAACUUCCCGGGACCACACUGGUGGGGCUCCUUAGGAAGGAGCGAGCCCCCGCUCUCGGGGGCAUGGGCUGGGCAGACCUUGGGCGCCCAGGGGUCUUACCCGUCAAAGCGGAGGUGGGGCGGGGGCGCCUUCCGCUGGCGGGCAGGCCCCAAGCAGCCCCCGCCCGCUGCUGGGCCCGCGUCUGCGGUCGGCCUCGGGCGGGCGGCGGCCUGGCCCCACUGCGCAGGUGGGCAGACCGAGGCCCGGCCCUGCCCCGCCGCCUUCCCCGCCCCCGGCGCUCCCCUCCCCGGCCGGCGCGUCCGCGGCUCGGCGGCACAGCGCCCGCUCUGGGUUCCGGCGGCAGCACCUGGGCCGCGGCUGGCGUCCGCGGGGGCACGCUGUCCGCCCCCCUCGGCGAUGACCACGGCCGGCUCCCCGGGCGCCGUGCCGGCAGGGACUCCUGGGAGCAGCCUCCAUGAGUCCCUGGACCAGUGCAUGACCGCCCUGGACCUCUUCCUCACCAACCAGUUCUCAGAAGCACUCAGCUACCUCAAGCCCAGAACCAAGGAGAGCAUGUACCACUCACUGACGUAUGCCACCAUCCUGGAGAUGCAGGCCAUGAUGACCUUUGACCCCCAGGACAUCCUACUUGCUGGCAACAUGUUGAAGGAGGCCCAGUCGCUCUGUCAGAGGCACCGGAGGAAGUCCUCUGUAACAGAUUCCUUCAACAACCUGUUGCACCGCCCCACUAUGGACCAAUUCACGGAAGUGGAAAUCCACGCUGAGGUCUGCUACGCAGAGUGCCUGCUGCAGAGAGCAGCCCUGACCUUCCUGCAGGACGAGAACAUGGUGAGCUUCAUCAAGGGUGGCAUCAAAGUUCGAAACAGCUACCAGACCUACAAGGAGCUAGACAGCCUCGUGCAGUCCUCACAGUACUGCAAGGGAGAGAACCACAGGCACUUUGAAGGAGGAGUGAAGCUCGGUGUGGGAGCCUUCAACCUGACGCUGUCCAUGCUUCCUACCAGGAUCCUGCGGCUGCUAGAGUUUGUGGGGUUUUCAGGAAACAAGGACUACGGGCUGCGGCAGCUGGAGGAGGGGGCAUCGGGGCACAGCUUCCGCGCCGUGCUCUGUGUCAUGCUGCUGCUGUGCUACCACACCUUCCUCACCUUUGUGCUCGGCACUGGGAACGUCAACAUUGCGGAGGCAGAGAAGCUCUUGAGACCCUACCUGAAGCGAUACCCUAAGGGCACCAUCUUCCUGUUCUUUGCCGGGCGGAUUGAAGCCAUUAAAGGCAAUGUUGACGCGGCCAUCCGGCGGUUCGAGGAGUGCUGCGAGGCCCAGCAGCACUGGAAGCAGUUCCACCACAUGUGCUACUGGGAGCUGAUGUGGUGCUUCACCUACAAGGGCCAGUGGAAGAUGGCCUACUUCUACGCAGACCUGCUCAGCAAGGAGAACUCCUGGUCCAAGGCCACCUACAUCUACAUGAAGGCCGCCUACCUCAGCAUGUUUGGGAAGGAGGACUACAAGCCGUUCGGGGAUGACGAAGUGGAGCUGUUCAGAGCUGUGCCGGGCCUGAAACUCAAGAUUGCUGGGAAAUCUCUACCUACAGAGAAGUUUGCCAUCCGGAAGUCCAGACGCUACCUCUCCCGCAAACCUAUCUCAUUGCCCAUCCCUGCUCUGGAAAUGAUGUACAUUUGGAAUGGCUACGCUGUGAUUGGGAAGCAGCCGGAACUCACAGACGGGAUACUUGAGAUUAUCACCAAGACUGAAGAGUUGCUGGAAAAGGGCCCAGAGAAUGAGUACUCAGUGGAUGAUGAGUGCUUGGUGAAGCUGCUGAAAGGCCUGUGUCUGAAAUAUCUGGGCCGUGUCCAGGAGGCCGAGGAGAAUUUCAGGAGCAUCUCUGCCAAUGAAAAGAGGAUUAAAUAUGACCACUACUUGAUCCCAAAUGCCCUGCUGGAGCUGGCCCUGCUGUUUAUGGAGCAAGGCAGAAAUGAAGAGGCUGUCAAACUCUUGGAAACUGCCAAGCAAAAUUAUAAGAAUUAUUCCAUGGAAUCAAGGACACAUUUUCGAAUCCAGGCAGCCACACUCCAAGCCAAGUCUUCCCUAGAGAAUGGCAACAGAUCCAUGGUUUCAUCAAUGCCCUUGUAGUUUUGUGCAGCAUUCCCAGGCUGGAAGACAGAGUCAGCUGGACAGAGCUCCUGGAAACAUUUCAAAAAGAUCCCCUCCCCCUGCCCUGCCGUUGGGGUCCACCAGUGCUCCAGUGCGAUGACACGACAUAGGUAUCUGUGCAGAAGCGAAGCUGGCAUUUUCACCAGUGUGGCCAAGGGCCUCUGCCAAGGACAGAGUUGCUGGAGCCCUCUGCCUACCCUAUCACAUAUACGGGUACUUGUUUUUCACUGUGAUGUUUAAGAGAAUGUAUAAACAGUUUACAUUUUCCUUAGAAAUACAUUGAUGGGAUCAAAGCUUUGGAAAAAACUACCAACCAACCACCUGUAAAUCACUGUUUUAACCCCUACUGAUGUGGAGGCAAAUCUAUGAUGCCAAGGGCCAAAGUGCUUUUCAGAUUUGAGCGAGGUCUCAGCUUCCAGGGCUGGCAGGACCCAAAGGAGGAUCUGCACUGCAGGCUUUGAGGUUUCUGGGGGUUGGACAUAGAGGUUUCACACACUCCCAGUACCUUCCUUCUUACACUCCCUUUGUAACAACUUUCCAAUUUAAAAAAAAUCAAACACAUCUUUUUAGUGAGAUAAUUUUGAGUCCAUCUGUAGAAAAAAAAAAAUCAAUCUUCGCCACUAAGGAAUAGCGAUACCGAGGCCUGAAGGAAGGGGGAGCCCUGUGGCCCUUUCUGUGCCAAAGCCAAGAAGUUUGGCAGGUAAAGUUUCUCAGACACCAGUCUGCUAUAUGCCAAAUUGAAACCACUGGGAAUGAUUUAUGAAACAUAAAAAUCUUCUGUAUUUCCCUUCGAGGUACACUUAUUUACCGACAGCGUUUUUCUUAGAAACAGAAUGGUUAUUCUUGGCCUGUUUGUGUGUUUCAGAUUUUUCAGUUAAGAGAAAAGAUAUAUUUAAGUAAUAAAACUUAUACACUUUAAGAGAUCAUGCAACAUCUAUUUCAGUAAAAUAUGUUGUUGCUUGAAUUCUUAGGCUGGGCAGAAAGUUUGAAUCAGAAGUCAUAUGGCUCAGGCAUGUUUUAUUUAGCCAACAUGAUGUUUUAAAAUUUUUAGAAUAAGUUACUAACAUUUUAAAAUGGGGAGAUUUCACAAAUAAAUCUGGUUUCUGGCAUCUUAUUUUAAUAA